AUGAUAGUUUUGGAUUGGCUUGCUAAGGCUCUUAAUCUUCCUGAUCAAUUCCUUUCGACAGGACAAGGUGGUGGUGUGAUACAGGGAACUGCAAGCGAAGCAGUUUUGGUAGUGCUUUUGGCUGCUCGAGACAAAAUCUUGAAACGGGCUGGAAAAGAUGCAAUUGGAAAGCUCGUGGCCUAUUGUUCGGAUCAAACUCAUUCUUCUCUACAUAAAGCAUGCAAGAUAGCAGGAAUCUAUCCUGAAAAUUUUCGUGUGCUGAAAACGGAUUCAUCCACUGAAUAUGCUCUCUCUCCUGAGUCACUUGAAGAAGCGAUUUCACGGGACAUAAACUCGGGUUUAAUUCCCUUCUUCUUGAGUGCUACUGUUGGGACUACAUCAUCAGCUGCUGUGGAUCCGCUUCGUGAUCUGGGGAAGAUAGCAAAGAGUCAUGGAGUGUGGUUUCAUGUGGACGCUGCUUAUGCUGGAAGUGCUUGUAUCUGCCCAGAAUUUCGCCACUAUAUUGAUGGUGUAGAGGAAGCCAGCUCGUUUAACAUGAACGCGCACAAAUGGUUUUUGACCAACUUUGACUGUUCGCCUCUUUGGUUGAAGGAGAGAAGUGCGCUCAUUGAAUCAUUAUCCACGAAUCCUGAGUAUCUUAGAAACAAAGCUUCUCAACAAAACUUGGUUGUUGAUUACAAAGACUGGCAGAUCCCUUUAGGCCGCAGGUUCAGGUCUUUGAAACUUUGGAUGGUGUUGAGACUUUAUGGGCUGGAAAAUUUGCAGGCUUACAUAAGAAACCACGUUGAGUUGGCUAAGACUUUUGAAGGACUUGUCGAGCGAGACCCGAAAUUUGAGGUUGUUGCUCCUCGGAAUUUCUCCUUAGUUUGUUUUCGCCUGUUGCCUGAAGGAAACAAUAUCGAACGUGCCAACAAAUUGAACCAUCAGCUACUGGAUGAUGUGAACUCAACCGGAAAGCUCUUCAUUUCUCACACGGUCCUGUCAAACAUGUAUGUGCUGAGAUUUGCAGUUGGGGCGCCUUUGACGGAGGAGAGGCACGUGCUCGAUGCUUGGAAUACGUUACAUGAAAAGGCUUGUGCGUUGCUAAAGAAUGCACAGAGCUAG